AUGUUAAGACCGGCGACUCCGUUAUCGCUUUUGCUGCUCGCUGCAUUCGCAUGCUUGCUCGUGUCAAUUCUAUCAACUCCUAUAAUUAAGUCGAUACCAUUGGCCUCUUUCGACGGAGUUCAGUUUGGGGUCUUUGGUUUUUGUAAGGGAAGCACUUGUAGCAAUAUUGAAAUUGGGUAUAGUACUGAAAGUCUUUACGAUGAAACUCAAUCAGCUACAUUCGAUCUCUCUACAAGUACUAGAUCAACGUUAUCUGCUAUUCUCAUUAUCCACCCGGUAGCUGCGCUAUUCACACUUAUCAUGCUAAUCCUAGCCAUCGCCGCUCACUUCCAUGCACCUUCACAUUCCCCUCGAUACUUAUUGGGAAUAUUUAUACUGAGCAUCUUGACUUUGAUUCUCACCCUACUCGCAUUCCUCAUCGAUGUUCUACUCUUCGUACCUCACAUGGCAUGGGGUUCAUAUGUUGUGCUCGCCGCCACAGUCAUUAUCGCCGCAAGUGGUGUUGUGUCAUGCGCUAUGCGCCGAACAUUGGUUAGUCGAAAAGCAAGGAAGCGUCGCAUUGAGGAGAACGCAGAGAUGAACGGAGAGAAUUUCUACAACCGUCAAGAAACUGAAACAAUCACUCCGGUUGUCACUGACACCAGCAUUUCGAAAAAUCCGGCCAACGAGAAGUUACCAACAUUUGCCACAUUUGAUGCGAGUAACAAUGAACGAACAAGUGACGAGCGGAUACCUUUGACUACAAGAACUCCAACAACUGAAAACUCUCCUACUAAUGUCCCUGGUGGAUCUAUUAGGAGUCAGGGAAUGGACGGUUACAAUGGACCACAGUCAGGCACCCCAUCUAUAGAUCAAUACGGAAACCCAAUUCCGAUGAUGCCGAUGAUGCCGCAAGUAGGAAGUGCAUACGGUAUGCGAAACCGUGACCAAUCUGCUGGGCCACCAGGACAGGCAUUGAGCCACCAGUACUCUAACACUUCCAUGAACUCGAGAGGGCGAGGUGGAAUGCCACCAGGACCACCAGGAAGAGGUGGUUAUGGACCACCGAGGGGUGGAUAUAGAGGAGGUUAUGGGGGCCCUCCACCAGGCCCAAACCGUGGAGGGUAUGGCUAUGGCCAGCCAAGAGGGGGAGGAGGGAUGAACAACGGAAUGAUGGCGAUGGGUAACGGUGGAAGAGCGCCUCCACCCGGCUAUGACAGCCGAGGACCUUCUGAUCCUUCGGCGCCUAUUGGUGGAUUCAGGGAUGCUUCCCCGGCGCCUCCCGGUGGAUAUAUUGCAUACAGGCCAGAUGAAAUAAGACCCAGUAGCUUGCCUCGUGCCGAAUCACCUCCACCUAUGGAAGAUUUGGAAAAUGUAGGCAUGGUUGGACAGGCGAUUGAAAUGGAUGCGACAACAGGAAGUCCAUCACAUCCACCUCCGGGAUUUGUCGGGCAAUUCGGCAAUCUUAGAGACAGUGAUGACGACGUCGCUGGAAUGGUGGGGCUACAACAGCAAAAAAUACAGCAAAGGCAUGAGACUUUGAUUAGUGAGACGAGUCAGUACAGCCAAGAUGAAUACGUACCACCAAGACAAGUAUGGGGACAGCAAGCAGGUAGAUCAUCACCUCUGAACCCUGCCUCGCAACCUGUCGUCGAACUUCCUCCUAGCGAGUCUACUCACAAACGAGAUAACUCGAAUGAUACUUAUUACGAAGACGUUGACCCACGUUUUGCAGAUCCAGCUCCAGCUCCAGCGACAAAGUCAUCCCUGACAAUUCCCGCCGCCCUCAAUAUUGCCGCACAGUCCUCGAAUAACAACUAUGAUCCUAACUCUCAUCUUCAUCCAAAUCCGUUGAGCAACUUAGAUGGCAACAAUUCUUACAAUUCUUUAGAGGAGCUUCAGUCGGGGCAACGCUCUCCAGCUGAAUCUGAAAGAUCUACUUUUACGUCUGUGUCACAACGAGGGAUCAAUCCCAGAUGGAACGGAGGCGCUAGUGGCUACGCGGGACCUCCAAUGCCGAAUAGGAGACCUGCCGCUCGACGAGAGGAUGUUCUCUUGAAUGACAAUCCAGACUUUGCCUUGCCUAUAGGUCGUGGUGGUCGGGGACCGCCUCGUGUCAUGCGUGGUGGCAUGAUACCAAAUUCCGCCUAUCCAGGUGCCAGCGCUCUUUGA